CAGCCCCUUUAAUCCGUCAGUUUGUUCUGCUGAUGGGGAAACGCAGCACGCAGCUCUAGCAGUGCCAAGGCCGGGCUUGUUCGUGUUGCUUGCAGCUGGUAAGUACUUACCGAGAAGGCGGAGAGCGACGCCAUGUCCAGCAUCGCCAUUCCCGGAGCCGUCUUCUCGUCCCUUGUGUUCCACCUCAAGAACGCCCCGUCAGAUUCGGAAGGGUUUCUGUACGGUGGUAUGAGGACGCAUCACGUGGAGAACAUCACCGACACCCAGUCUUCGGGCACCAGAGAGGAGAAGAAACUCUAUGUGGAAUCGUUUGUGUGUUUCCCCGAGCGGUUCAAGUUCUACGACCACUAUGGCCGGCCGCACACCGAGAGGAUCAAGGCUCUACUGGGAGACGACAUGAAGCGUGUCAUUGGCUGGUUCUCGUGUCGUCGCAACUCCACCAACCGACCGUCCAUGAGAGAGAAAGUGGUGCACAGAAGACUCACAAGCUGCCUCACGGGAGUGCCCUGCGAAGAUUUCCUGUUUGGACUAGUGACAGAGAUGGUUGUCGAAGGCUCAAUGGUCCACUCCACUGACUACUCCUUCCACAACUGGAUAGGAACGUCUCUUCAACCAGUGAAGGUGGGGAUAGUGAACCUGCAGGUGACGGCCACAGUACCCUACCAGCUCUUCCCCCUCACCCCAACUCCCUCCUCCCUCCCCCACUACUCCUCAACCCUACAACAACACAGAACAAAUUUCGUGAACUCGGAAGGACACAUGCAACAACCGAUGCUGUCAGAACAACUGUAUAAGGCCAUUCUGGGACGGUUAAAACCGCUGUGUGAGAGUCUGUCAGAGGCCAGUUUGGCCGUCGAGAGGGAAGCGAGGGAGGUUGAGCAGCUAGAGAGACAACUCCAGGAACUGACGACACUUGCAGAGCCACCACCGGCAGAGGAACCAGGGAAAGACCCAGGUCAGCCUCUGUUUGUGUCUUGGGGAGCGCACAUUGGCUGGCUAUUUUAAUCCAGAUGGCAAUGAACGCUUCUGUUUCUCCUAUCUAGCUCCUGAACUAGUGCCAGACAUCUUCAUUGUUAUUUGCACCCUCCCUCCCUCCCCCCCUUUUCCUAAAAGUUCUGUUAUACCCUUCUCAGACUCUCCCUCGUCUUCUUUCUGCCAAUCGUUCUCUCAUUAUCACUCUAUGUCCUUUUUCAGCAGUGUCACAAGGGAAUCAAACACCGUACAUUGACUCGGAUCAGACCACCAUGCCAGUGAUAACACCACUCACCAACGAAAAUGCUACUAACAGGGAUCACAUAGAAAUGGCACCACUCAUAGAUUUCGAGAGGGAGGCCCCUUUAGUAACGAACCCGUCCAAACACAACUGUGAUGUCAUAGAUUUGACGUCGCCUCAAUCUUCCAGCAGUGGACAUACGCUGGUCAACGGGGGCACCACUCCAUUAGAUAUACCUAACGACCAAGGUUUGAGAGGGAAGCCUGGUGGACAUUAGGAGAGGUGGAGAGGGGGGAGGGGGAGAGGAGGGGCCAGGGGAAGAAGAUGGAGACGUAAAGGAUGACACAGCGACAGAGUCCAUAUUAGGGUCCCAGCAGGAGCUCUUUUAGCAGGAGGAGAUAUUUAUUAUACCACACUUUAUAUUCGACCAUAGACCGACAUUGUGUGUGUAUCACAUCGUCAUGCACUGUUCGCAUUGAAUUUAUUAUGCUAUGUUGUUAUGAAUUUUUAUACAUACUUUUGUGUGG